UGUCGCUUGAAGAGUUUUUCGGUACGAGUGACUUUCGUGUAUUGUGUGUAUUUUUAUCUUUCGCAUAACAAUAAAUUAUCGUAUAAUUAUUUUCUCAUUGCAUUCGGCUGUUUCGAGCUGAAAAAAUAAAAAAAAAGACUUAAAAAAGUGUAAUGGAUGUCGAAGAAUUGCGGGAGAAGCUGAAGCAACAAAACGGAAAGUUGAUCUUCGGCUUACGAAAGUGUCACCGUAAAUACGAAGAAGUAUUAUUCCGCGCCAUCCAGUGCAAUGAGAAAACUUUCGUACGCGAGCUCCUCACUCAACACAAUUUCGACUUGCGUACGCCUGAAGGCAGUGACAUGUUAUGGCGUGCAGUGCUGAAAGGCCACCCGGAAAUCGCGUCGAUGUUAGUUCGCGCGGGUGUCGAUCCGAACGCUCGUCGGCUGGAAGACGAGAGAAAAUUAAGUUUCCUGCAUUGUCUUCUCAUAGAAACCGACGAUCCGCGAAUCAGUCAACUCGCACAAUUACUUAUUAGAUACGGUGCCGACGUGAAUGCACUCGAUGCCCGCGGUAACAGUGUUCUUCUCUACGCUGUCGUUCAAGGAAGCGCGCUUAUCAAAGAUCUUUUGGAACGUGGUGCUCGGGUUGAUGUGGCAAACAAUAACGGCAUGGAUAUUCUGUUCGUGGCUUCAUGCCAAGCUUCUGCGAGCAAACUGCUGCCUAUGCUUGUUCAGCAUGGUACGAAUGGCGAUUUGGAUAGAAGAAAUCGUCGCGCCAUCAGAGCGAUCGAGCACAUGAUUUACGGAACUACCGACUUGGAUACCAUACGGAUGCUGUUAGAUCUCGAUGUGCCGAUUGACUUACCGACUAUUAAUGGAUUUACUCUUCUUCAAGCCGCUGUGUCAAGGGAAAAAAUCGACGUGGUAGAGCUAUUAUUGGCCCGCGGAGCUGACGUUCAUAAAAAGUCGUCGUCUGGCAUGCUUCCAUUGUACAUAGCGUCGUCUCUCAAGCUGUCUUACGUCGCCGAGCUGCUUAUAAAACAAGGCGCUACGAUUCACAAUUGUAAUGACGAUGGGCAAUAUCCGAUACACGCUGCUUGCCGGAACUCGUCAGUACAAAAUAUUAAUCUUUACUUACGCAUGGGCGCCAAUGUCAGUGUUGUCGACAAAAAUGGCCGAACGCCGCUUUCCGUAAUGGUUAAAUCGGCAACGACUGCCAGACGAUUAAUCGUUAAACAUUUGGCUGUUUUGAUAUCCAAGGGCAUGGAUAUUGGAGUAGAAGAUCACGCGAUUAUCCACGAACAUCACAAAACUUUAGAAUUUUUCGAGCAAUGCUUGAGCGAAUUGCAGAAGAUGAAGGAGACAAAAAUUUACAAUGACAUACCGUUUUACUGUUUUUUCAGUAAAAAUACUCGCGAAUUAUCCGCGCUUACGAGAAACAUCGAUUUGUACAAGAAUUUCAAACAAGAUUCGGCUAAAUUGAGCAAAUUGUUUCCGCUUUAUUACCAACAGAUUUUCGAUAUAUUUAGCAGGGCUACCGAAGAGAAGAGUAUUUUGAAUGCGGAACAAGAGUUUCUAAGUGAAAUUUUUCAUGAUAUUUUACCGUACCUUGUAAUAAAAAAGAUCGCUUAUUACUCAUGUUUGGAUAAUUUGAAGCGUGCAAGGCAAGAUUUUUAUUCCACAUAUCCUAAAUUAAUCUAUUAUAAAAAAUUAAAUAUAAAUUAAAUUAUUUUAAUUAUGAAUUAAAAAUUUUUUUAAUUGGAAUGUAAAUAUCAAAUUUGUUAAUUGGAAGAAAGUGAUUGUUGUGAAUUGAGCACGUGACAUA